AUGGAUGAUAUAACGCAACCGACACAACAAGCCACUCAGGCUACACAGAAGUACCUAAUAGAUAAGUUUUCUCAGGAGAAAAUAGACGACGAUGUGGUGUGCAGAGUAAUAUGUACAACUGGUCAAAUAAGUCUACGGGACUUGAAGGUUCAACCUGAAAGUAUAUUCAAAAAGGAAUCAUCAAUUAAAAAAACAUGGACCUUUGGAAGAAACCAAGGAUGUGAUUAUUAUCUGGGGGAUAUUUCAAGACUGUCCAACAGACACUUUAUGCUAAUGCUGGGUGAAGAAGGAACUUUAAUGCUGAAGGAUACAUCAACCAAUGGAACAUGGUUAAAUGGAGCGAGGAUACAAAAGGAUACGAAUCACAUCUUGACCCAAGGGGAUGAAAUAAGUGUUGGAGUCGGCGUUCCCAGCGAUGUCGUUAGUUUAGUGAUUUUCAUCAACGAUAGUUUCAAAAAUAGACUAAAAGAACUCAAUAUGAUGAAGGAUGUGACUUCACCUGCUUCAUCUUCAAAGAGCAAAUAUCAGAUAUCAAUGGGACAUACAGAAUUAAAAGGAAUACACAAAUACUAUUCGAUAUCAGAUUCGAUUGUUGGUCAAGGUGCUUUCGCUACUGUGAAGAAAGCUGUCGAAAGGUCAACAGGCAAAACAUUUGCGGUCAAAAUAAUUCAUAAGAGAAAAGUAAUGGAUAAAUUUGAUGGAGUGAAGAGGGAACUAGAUGUAUUGCAGAAAUUAAAUCACCCCAGGAUAGUUAAACUUAAGGACUUUUUUGAAGACAAUGAUAAUUAUUACAUGUUGAUGGAGUUUGUCAGCGGAGGCGAUUUAAUGGAUUUCGUAGCAGCCCAUGGAACUGUAGGCGAGGAUGCCGGCAGAGAGAUAACACGACAGGUUUUAGAGGCAGUAAAAUACAUGCAUGAUCAAGGAAUUAGCCAUCGAGACUUGAAACCUGAUAAUAUAAUGAUAGAGCAAGACGAUCCAGUUCUUAUAAAGAUAACCGAUUUUGGCCUGGCAAAAGUACAAAAUCAGAAUACAUUCCUGAACACUUUUUGUGGUACUCUAGCAUAUGUUGCACCUGAAGUUAUAGACGGGAAAAAUGCUGAAGAUAAAACUAAUCGAGAUCUGUAUUCCUCACUUGUUGAUAUGUGGUCAAUUGGAUGCCUAGUUUACGUUAUUCUUACAGGUCACUUGCCUUUUAGUGGUCAGUCUCAGAAUGAAUUGUUCAAGCAAAUAAAACGGGGCUCUUAUCAUGAAGGACCAUUAAAGGAUUAUAGAAUAUCCGAAGAGGCAAGAAACUUCAUAGAUUGCCUGUUGAAUGUGGACCCUAAAGAAAGAAUGAACGCAGGAAAGGCCCUGCAACAUCCAUGGAUGAAAAUGGCAUACGUUGAUAGCAUGCAGUCACAAAUAUCCAUCUCACAAUCCUUGUCCCAGCAACAAUUUGUUGACAGUAUGAAUGAGGCUGAAUACGAAUCAUACAUUGCGAAAAAGAGGUUAGAGAUUAUCAAGAAAGAAAUAACGGCGCCUGCUGCAGAAACUAAUAAAGAGCCUGUAUUCAAAAAACCACAAAUUGCACCAUCUAAAAUUGCACAAUCCCAAAACUUGCAGUUUAACUUUUCAAAUCCUAAUACUGGUAAAGCUAUUAAUGUUAAUUAUAAAUCUGGUGAAGAAGGACUUUCAAACAAUAAGAACAAAAAGAUCAAUAGACCACUUACAAAGGUCAAUGGGGAGGGGCUAUUUCUCACUUUGCAUUCCUUACCUGGCUCAUCUAUUUCAGGUAAGGUCCAAGUAAAACAAGGGAUAAAUCCAUUCUUCAUCGGUAGGUCAGACGAAUGCAACUGUAAAAUUGAUGAUAAUCGUUUAUCUAGGAUACAUUGCUUCAUAUUGAAGAAAAGACACGCUGUCGGUGACAGUAUUUAUGAAUCUCCAGCUCAAGGUCUUGAUGAUGUAUGGUAUUGCCAAAGUGGUACUAACUCAAGCUAUGUUAAUGGAAAGAAAAUCACUCCGGGCACAAAGAUCUUACUUCAUGAUGGCGAUGAAAUCCAAAUUAUAUGGGAUAAAAUCAAUGAUGUCACUGUUUCUUUCCAGCUUGAGUUCAAUGAUACCACUGGUUUGUUCCACGAGGGGAAGCUGGAUACCAAUGAGAAAACAAACAAGACACUUCUACAUAAACAGACACAGGAGGAGUUAGCUUUAGUCCCUAAGUUUAUGGAAUUUAUGAAGUCUAGAUCAUCACAACAUGCCAAAUCUAAUAUAAACCAGUCCUCUUCCAGUAACAUAGAUGCCAACUCGCAAAAUAUCGAGGAAUUAGAUUCUGUCGUUGAGAUGAACUCGACUACAGGAUUGAAAAGAAUACAUUCAGUGUCGUUAUCUCAAUCUCAACCGCAGACAACCAAAAGGGCUAAGCUUGCCCAAGCCCAGAAACCAGAUAUUGAAGGAUUUCUCUGA